CUCACUCAGUUCCCUCAGCCUAUCUGUUCCAGUGACGGUCUUCAGCCAACUUCAGUCUCAUUCAGCAAGAGAAAAACGUGUUUAUUUUCUAGUGCUGAUAUGACAUUUUCACUAUUGUCCCAUCUAACCAUCCUUCCCCUUUUAGGACUCGAGAGAAAAAAAUUAGACUCCUUGUACUUCUUUUUCAGCUGCCCUCCUUUGGGCUUCCAAAGUGUGUUUUUCCCAAAUUAAGGUUCAGAUCACACUACAUUACAGUUAGUUGUUUAUCACUUCUCACGGUAGUUUAUGAACUUACUGAAGGCCUGUCCUAUGCUUUAUUCAUUUGGAUUUCUUCCCCACCAAGAGACUGCUACAGUGCCUAGCACAUAAGACUUACACAUACUGGAAAAGUAAACGAGAAAAUACAUGGUGGUAGUUUGGGUGAAAUUUGUGGUUUUCAUUUCAUAGAAGAAUUAAGUGAUUUGCUCAAGGGAACCUUCCUAGUUAGGAGAUGAUAUCAGGCCUAGAAUUUAAAUCGAUUGACUUCCACUCUGUGGCUCUUGCUAUCAAAUCAGGCCUCGGAACCCUGGAACACUGAAAAUAAGGCCCCAUCACUCUUAUGUACUCCCAGCCUUGUUGUUUCUAGCAUAGGUCUUUAAAGGGUAAGGGUAGGCCCAACUCGAUAGAGAUCCUAGAGCUGUAGUAGCUAGUCCACUAAUGUUGGUGCUAUAUAGAGAGAUUCAAAAGCAGGUUCACAUUCCCCUUCUCAGCUUUCCUUUGAGCCCAGUUGGCCUUAGGAUAGCCACCUGGACAAAUCAGUUAAAGACCCUCUGAGAUCAGGCUAGGGAAGGAUUUCCUAAAUUUAGGCUUCCAUUUCUUUUCUCUCCCACUUUUCCUAGGCUAGGGCCAGAGGACAGGUCGGCAAUCAAGUCAGAUGGAUCCAGCUGUUAUGAAAACCUUCAGUCCCCAUUUAAAGGAUUCGGUUACUCUUGAUAUGGGCAGGGGAUUGAGAGGAGGAACCAUAGUCCCUGCAAUAGGGCCUGGCCCCUGAUCUCCCCAAGUCUCUUUGGGGAGGAACAUAUGAAUUCAUGAAGAAGCCACUAACCAUGGUGACAUGCAGUGGUUCUCAGCCUUCACUCACCAUCAGAAUCACCCCGGGAAGCUUGUUUAAAAUACAGACCCUCAAGUCCCACACCAGACCUACUUGUAUGGAUUGGCAGAUGCUGCAGUGUCUGAGAAUGGUGACUACAGCAUGGCCAUGCCCCAGGCUUUCUCACUGGGGUCCCUGCCUGAGCCAGCAGGUGCCCUGAUGGAGCCCCAGCCCUGCCCUCGAAGCCUGGCUGAGGGCUUCCUGGAGGAGGAACUUCGGCUCAACGCCGAGCUGAACCAACUGCAGUUCCCAGAGCCUGUGGGCAUCAUCUACAAUCCUGUGGAGUAUGCGUGGGAGCCACAUCGCAGCUAUGUGAUACGCUACUGCCAGGGCCCCAAGGAAGUGCUCUUCCUGGGCAUGAACCCAGGACCCUUUGGCAUGGCCCAGACUGGGGUGCCCUUUGGAGAGGUGAGUGUGGUCCGGGACUGGUUGGGCAUCGGGGGUCCCGUGCUGGCCCCUCCCCAGGAGCACCCUAAGCGGCCGGUGCUGGGACUGGAGUGCCCCCAGUCAGAGGUGAGCGGUGCCCGAUUCUGGGGCUUUUUCCGGAACCUCUGUGGGCAGCCCGAGGUCUUCUUCCGUCACUGCUUUGUCCACAACCUGUGUCCUCUGCUCUUCCUGACUCCAAGCGGGCGCAACCUCACCCCUGCUGAACUGCCGGCCAAGCAGCGAGAACAGCUUCUUGGGAUUUGUGAUGCUGCCCUCUGCCGGCAGGUGCAGCUGCUGGGGGUACGACUGGUGGUGGGAGUGGGGCGAGUGGCAGAGCAGCGGGCACGGCGGGCUCUGGCAAGCCUGAUGCCAGAGGUUCAGGUGGAAGGGCUCCUGCACCCCUCACCCCGGAGCCCACAGGCCAACAAGGGCUGGGAGGCAGUUGCUAAGGAGAGGCUGAAUGAGUUGGGGCUGUUGCCGCUGCUGACAGAAUGAAUGCUCCUGGGUCCUGGGCAGCAGACAUAUUCAAGGUCCCAGGUCAUUCUCAGGCAAGCAGAUGGCUACUCACAUUCUGAACUGGAGCAACGAGUUCCUCCUGGGCUGCCUGGUUGCUGGGAAACAGUUCACAUCUGUCAAAUUUUCUGACCUGCUGUGGCAAUUUUGAAAAACACUACUAUUCCCCCUCCUGACUCCUCCUUUCUUUACCUUCUUUUGAUCAUUGCCUCUUUUGUCUUCUGGUCCCUCCCUGCACAGAGAAUCAGCAGGUGGGCUUUGCUCCCUGCAAACUGUUCUACCUCACUCUUUCCUUGGGAGCCUCUAAUCUGCUGAGAGCAACCUAGACUGUGAUAUCUAAGGUUGUACUUGCUGUUUUAGAAGAAAGAUCUUGCCAGAUCCCCACCCUUCCUCUUAGAAUAGCUUCCUUCAGCUGACCCCAUUACUCACAGGGAUCAGAUUAAAGUAUUGGGUAUGAAUUAAGAGUGAACUUACAGGAUACUGUGGCUGUAUCAGAGGGAGAAUUCAGAGUGGCAAAGUUGAAGAGGAAUGGGCCUUAGAGACAGAAGACCUGGAUUUUCAUCUCAACUCUGAGACUUGUGGACUUUAUGAAACUGGACAAGUUAAUUAGCUUCUCUGAGCCUCCGGUUCCUCAUCUAUAGGAUGAGGACACCUACUUCAUGGGGUUGGUGUGGGAAUUAAUUGAGAUAACAUUUGGAAGUGCCUUGCAUAGUGCCUGGUGCUCAUUACAUUCUCUUCUUCCUUUCUUGCUUCUGGGUUGGGGGUCCCUGCGCUGCAGUAUAAAGAAAGCCCCUCUGUUCCUGACAGCCUUGCUGUGGAGGACCUCCUUUACCUGUGGCCUGGGUUGGGGGUAGAUUUCUGUCUUGCCAGAGAUGGACCAAUGACUUCAUGAAAAACUCAGCCUGUAAUUUGUUUUGUCUAAGCAUUAAAAACUCCUAAACCCUUU